CCCACCCCAACUGCCGUCUUCUUCCACCAUCUUCCCCGGACCAAUCUCUAAAAUGGUCUGGAAAAAGCAAGAAGAAGUUAACAAAGAUUAACGAACAGAAUCAGCAACAGUAUGAAGCUCCAAUCACACUUCUUCUUCUUCCUCUCCUUCUACUGUUGCAUUGGUAGCCACCUUUUGGGCUACGCUAAGGCGGCUGAGAAAGCUGUCUUGGCCGACGAAGCGAUGGUUUUGCUGGCCAUAAAAACAAGGCUUGUUGAUCCUCAGGAUCAUCUUCAAGACUGGAAGCUUCCGAACAAUAGGGUAAUUAGUAACGCUUCAGUCCACUGUAAUUGGGCUGGAGUGUGGUGCAACUCUAAUGGAGCCGUCGACAAGCUAGAUCUCUCCCGGAUGAAUCUCACCGGCGCCAUAUCGGACGACAUCCAACUGCUGAAGAGCCUCGCUUCUCUCAACUUGUGCUGCAAUGGCUUCUCCUCCUCGUUGCCCAAGUCUUUGUUCAAUGCCAGCGCAUUGAAGGCUAUUGAUGUAAGCCAAAACUUCUUCGUCGACGGCUUCCCGGCGGGGAUUGGAAAGGCCGCCGGAUUGGUCACGCUGAAUGCUUCGGGCAACAACUUCUCCGGCCACAUUCCCGAUGAUCUUGGAGAUGCAGUGCUGCUCGAGAGCUUGGAUCUCAGAGGGAAUUUCUUCCAAGGAUCAAUACCCAAAUCGUUGAAAAACUUAGAAAAGCUGAAGUUUCUUGGCCUUUCCGGAAAUAAUCUUACGGGCAAAUUGCCACCGGAGCUAGGCCAGAUUUCAUCACUGGAAUCCAUGAUUAUCGGCUACAAUGCAUUCGAAGGCGAGAUCCCGGCAGAGUUUGGAAAUCUCACCAAUCUCCGGUAUCUUGACUUGGCCGUUGGCAAUCUGGGUGGCUCCAUUCCGGCCGAAUUGGGGAGGCUGAAGCAACUAAAUACACUCCUCCUGUACCGAAACAGCUUUGAAGGGAAGAUUCCACCAGCAAUUGGCAACAUUACUUGGUUGAAGGUAUUGGAUCUCUCUGAUAAUAUGUUGUCAGGAGAAAUCCCACCGGUGAUAGCUGAGCUGAAAAAUCUGCAGCUCCUGAAUCUGAUGUGCAACCACAUGUCAGGUUCGGUUCCGUCUCGGCUCGGGCGGUUGGCUCAGUUAGAGGUGCUUGAGCUAUGGAACAACUCCUUGUCAGGCCCUUUGCCAGAUGAUCUUGGCCUUAAUUCACCGCUGCAGUGGUUGGACAUCUCUUCCAACUCGUUUUCCGGUCAAAUACCGGCCUGCUUGUGCAGUGGAGGUAACCUCACUAAGCUAAUCCUUUUCAACAAUGGUUUCUCUGGUCCAAUUCCUGUUGAAUUGUCAGCAUGUUCUUCCCUAGUUCGUAUUAGAAUGCAAAACAAUCUUCUUUCUGGUAAGAUCCCAACUGGGUUUGGCAAGCUUGGGAAGCUUCAGAGACUGGAAUUGGCAAAUAAUAGCCUCACUGGGCAAAUCCCAAGUGACAUUGCUGAAUCUUCUGCACUUUCAUUCAUCGAUUUCUCCCGAAAUCGCCUCCAAUCUUCUCUUCCUUCCUCCAUUCUGUCCAUUCCCCAUCUGCAAAACUUUCUAGCUUCGGAUAAUGAUCUGAUAGGAGAAAUCCCAGAUCAGUUUCAGGACUGCCCUUCACUGUCAGUACUAGAUCUCUCAUCUAAUCAUUUCAGAGGAAGCAUUCCCACCAGUAUAGCUUCAUGUGGAAGAUUGGUAACUUUGAAUCUUUGCAACAAUCAGUUAACUGGGCCAAUCCCAACAGCCGUGGCCAUGAUGCCUACAUUAGCCAUUCUGGAUUUAUCCAACAAUUCUCUCAGUGGUAGGAUUCCGGAGAAUUUUGGGAACUCACCAGCCCUGGAGAUGCUCAAUGUUUCCUACAACAAGCUGGAGGGUCCUGUCCCUGCCAAUGGCAUGCUCAGGACGAUAAACCCAAAUGAUCUUUUUGGCAACGAGGGUCUCUGUGGUGGAGUGCUACCUCCAUGUUCCCAAAAUCUGGCCUACAAAUCCACGCAAAGGAGUUUACAUGAAAAGCACCUCGUUGCAGGAUGGAUCAUCGGGAUUUUGUCCCUUCUAGCAGUUGCGACUGCAGUUUUUGGUGUGCGAUCGUUAUACAAGAGGCGGUAUUCUGAUGGGAGUUGCUUUGAGCAUAGAUUUGAGAUGGGCAACGGAGAAUGGCCUUGGAGACUAAUGGCAUUCCAGAGACUUGGCUUUGCAAGUAAUGACAUCCUAGCUUGCAUCAAGGAAUCAAAUAUAAUAGGCAUGGGGGCGACUGGGGUGGUCUACAAGGCUGAAAUGCAACGGUUGAAUACAGUUGUUGCGGUUAAAAAGUUGUGGAGAAGGGGGAACGAUAUUGAAGUGGGAAGCAGCGAGGAUCUUAUAGGGGAGGUGAAUCUUCUAGGGAGGCUAAGGCAUCGAAAUAUAGUGAGGCUACUGGGAUUUCUUCACAAUGAUAAUGACGCGAUGAUAGUUUACGAGUAUAUGCAGACUGGCAGCCUUGGAGAAGCUUUACAUGGCAAACAAGGAGGGAGGUUGCUUAUAGACUGGGUUUCUCGAUAUAACGUAGCAGUUGGAGUAGCCCACGGGCUUGCUUAUCUCCACCAUGACUGCCAUCCUCCCGUCAUCCACCGGGAUAUCAAGUCAAAUAACAUACUUCUCGAUGCAAAUCUAGAGGUAAGGAUUGCUGAUUUUGGAUUGGCAAAGAUGAUGGUCGAGAAGAACGAGACUGUGUCUAUGGUUGCUGGGUCCUAUGGAUACAUAGCCCCUGAAUAUGGAUACACGUUGAAAGUCGAUGAGAAGAGCGAUAUAUAUAGCUAUGGAGUUGUUCUAAUGGAACUUCUCACAGGAAAGCGUCCAUUAGAUCCCGAGUUUGGAGAAGCUGUUGAUGUAGUUGAAUGGAUUAGGAGGAAGAUUAGAGAGAACAGAUCUUUGGAAGAGGCACUGGAUCCUAAUGUAGGCAACUGUAAAUAUGUCAAAGAAGAGAUGCUAUUAGUCCUUCAAGUAGCACUUCUUUGUACAGCCAAGCUCCCCAAGGAGAGGCCAUCGAUGAGGGAUGUUAUAACAAUGCUAGAAGAGGCAAAGCCUAGGAGAAAAAGCAGUAGCAAUAUCAAUGGAGGAAAUGCCAUUGAAAAGGAAAUGCCAGUCUUUAGCACUUCGCCUGUAAACGGCCUACUGUAAGAACAAAAUCAAGUCAAUAUCAUUUGUUCAAUUCGUCUCUGUAUGUACAAGUUUCUCUAGAAAUUUUGUAAUCACUUGUGCAAGUUGGUGGUGUCUAGAAUGUGAUGAGCAUAAGAAUGUCCAUAAUUUUGAAGUGUAGUCAAAUGUAGAAUAACAAUGCCUAAUUUUCCGGUGGCCGAUAUACACUCUGGCACCUCCAC